AUCUUCUUCUGCAUGUUCUCACACAGCACUGAGCCCAAGGGCAUGAGCAGAUGUUCAAGGUGGUGAGAUUUAAGAGCUCUUAAUGAAGAUUUCUGCCCCAACAGAUCAGGCAGAGCAGCUGCUUGCAAGUACUCAAAGAUGUCAAGUUAAAGGACUGAAGAACAAAGCCUCUGCUGGCCUUUUGAGAGCUCUAUUACUAACCAAAACCUCUGGUGGAUGAGAGAGAACAACAACAGUGUCAAUGACCCUGUGUCACUUCUUGGGUGUGUGGUAUGUUGAGCUGCCCCAUAAUCCAUGAAAGAAGGAAUUGAAACUCCAUAUUUACCAGACUGAAUGAAACAUCUUGUUUGAAACUGGAAGUGAAAUAAUCUGCUUAAUAUUAUGUUAAUUCACAUCAUUGCUUUAAAAACAAAUGAAGAAAAUAACAAUAAUUUUGUUCUGCUCCUUUUGCUCCUACAGCUUAAAGUUGUAACUGCAAGGAAAACACAGCUGUGGAAAGGCAUGACAGUAUGUUAUGUUACUGUUUUAUAGGGAACUUUAUUUGUGGCUCGUGGAGAGAGAGGCUGGCAGGAGGAUUGUGGGCGCGCUGGAUAUAGUGCUCACUGGGAGGGAGGCUGCACUCCUACACAAGGGCUGCAUCUUUGGUUCACUCACAUUAGACAUUGUUCUCUUGUCAGUUGGGCAUGUGUUACAGCAACUGACUGCUGUGGAAGUGUGGGAAGAGUGAUAUUUGCCUUCCAUGUGACACUUUGGGUUUGAUGAUGGAGAAUAAGGUACCUGCAAAUCAUAACUGCAAAUCAUAACUGUUCAUAACAGAACCAUAACUGCUUCUGGGGAUCUUAGUCUCAAGAACCGAUGCUUUUGGAAAGCUCUGCUUAGGAACUGAAACUGUAAGGAACUUAGAAAUAUUCAUUUUUGUUCCCUUUCAGUAGGGCACGAACUAAAGUGUGGUUUGUGAGGGAGAGCACAGACAUCUUCACUGGUGAGCAAGUGCUUUGUCUUUGCAUGGUAAAUUUUACUCAUGCCUGGCCUACCUCAAGAACAGGUGACCGAGCACUCUGAUGGAUGGAAGCUUGAACAUCAGAACUCUCCAUUACCUGAAAAACUACAAACGCAGCUUUCACUUGGCUGCAGUGCUGCCACAAAUUGACUUCUCUAAAGGGUGAUAUCACUGGCUUCAGCACCAAGUGAACCAGGUCAACUUCAAUAUUGUAGAAAACCUUUAUUUUUUAGAAGUACAGCAGAUAUCCUAACACUGUGAUUCCUCCUAACAAGCCAUAUUUAAUCUAGUAAAAUAAUCUGUGUUUUCCUGUGUAACAGGGAAACUGUAUAAGCUGUGUAACAAUCCUUGUCUUUCUCACUGCCAUACAUAGCUGCCUAGUAAACAAGGGAGAAAUUGAUAGUAAAAUUAGGUAGUGGUCCCAGAAAGAGGCGAAUGAUGCUUGGCCAUUAACUGAUUGAAUAGCUAGGGCUUGUCUGUCCUUAAAAUGCCACAGACUGAUAAAUGCAAGCUGUGGCCAAAAGACGUGCUCAUAUAGCCUUUUCGCUUUAAUUAAAAUUGAUGAAGACAUAAAUAAUUAAGCUGCACUCAGUCUGCAUAGGCAAGGCAAAAUAGUUAUAUUAGUGCUCAGGGAAGCUUGCUAUGCUAGGCAGUUGGCUGCUUCCCUUCAGAUGAUACGCUCUGUCAAUGGCAGUUAUGGGCUGUGUCUGAAGCUUUGAAGAGAGAUCCAUCACCUGUGACUUCAAAAAUGAUUUAGUCUGUUGGAAACUGUUUGUUGCAUCAGAGGCCUCAAGUGUGCAUACAUGAACACUGUCAAGAAUGGGAAAUUAAGAAAGAGUUUAAGGAGAAGAAAAGCAUGUAUGAAUGCUAUGAUUUCAAGCUGCUUUUCUAGAUGUCAAAGAUGUCAAUCUAACAAGUAAGCAGCGUGGUAUUCAUUCAGUGGAGGAGGUUAAAAUUGAUACUAAAACAUAUGUUAGAAGUCAACUAUUAAUCGCUUAAUGCUUAGUAAUCAAUUGCCACCCACUUCCAUAGUUUGGUAAUGUCUCAUUUUAACUUGCUCGCAAUAUAAACUUCCAAAGACAAAUUAAAGAAACAUCAAUUCUGUGCGUGCUCCCUCUUCUGUGAGGGAAGAGAUGGAUCCAAAAUAUAAAUGUAUGUAUGCAGAUCUUUGUAGACUGGUUAUUAUUUGUACAAGUUUUUUUGAAAGUAUAGGUAUUUGACCUUUCCAGGUUCAGACCUAGCUGAAUUUGUAAUUCAUCUUCACGUAUUGAAAAGGACAGACAAAAUGUUUUCUUCCUCUAGAGGUAAUGUUGGCUGUAAUUUGAAGAAAUUAUGCAAAGGGCAAAAUGUGCAGUCAUACGGUAUUAGAUUGUGUCAUACAAUAUUGGACUCGAGAAGCUUUAUGAAUACCUUCUCAAGUGCUAUCAGAAAUCAUCAUUUAAACCCUUGCUUAGCCUUCACAUGUGUAUUAAGACCCCUGUUUUGAUUAAAUAAAAAUAGUUACAAGCAAUAUGCAAGAGAAUUCUUGUAGGUACCAAAACCAGGUUUUAGUUGAACUAAAUUUGCUUUAUUCAUGGACUCUUUUUCCUUCCUUGUUUUCCUGCAGUUUGCAUGUAAUUGCUACUUAGUAAAGGGAGACCCUGAAAAGUGAGCAAACUCUGUCUUGAAGUCCAGUUUGAAGGAAAAAAAAGAAAAAAAAAAUGAGGUGCUGAGGCUUGUAGCUCUCUAGAGCACUCUGAUAAGUUAGUGGGCUAGUUCUUGCAAGAUAGUUCUAUAGGCUUCUGUUGCUUAAAGAAGGAAGAAAGACUGCUUCUGAACUGACUGUGGCAACUUUGGUCAGAAAGGGACAAUUUCUAUUACAAAGAGAGGAUUUUGUAGAUGAUAAGGUUGCUCAGGUCUGCGAUAAUUGUGUCUUUGCUAUUUGUAUUCAGUGGCAAAAGUGUGAUUCAUCUGUCUUGAACGUGUUGCUUUCACAAUUGACUAUAGUCUGUCCAGAAAACUAAAUUGGAUUUAUACGCAUAAUUUCCAGGCAGACUGUGGUAGGUAAGCUGAUCCCUGUCUCCCUCCUCUCUUAGCAGUAGGUUAGUGUAGUGCAAGAUGAGAUUUUUCUCCUAGAGACUUGAAUCACUGGUAUACCAGCUUCCUCUGUGAAAUCUGUGCAAUAGUCAGGCAUCUCAGCUGUGGCUUGAGGCAGUUGCAUAGACUCUGCAGCCUUUCCCUUAAUUGAGGACUCAGUGGGCUGAGGUGGAGGGGUAGGAAGGGAUGUCACAGAUUAUAUCAAGUUGUCCCUGGUUAUGUCAGAGUCUUGGAGAGGGGAAACCAAGUUAGGUUGUCAAAAAAAUGUGCAACAGAAAGUCACAGCCCUAAGAGAGAAUGAUGUGGGUAAAACCAAGUGUCAUGGUUGGUGUAUGAAUAAACAGAGAAGUCUAUGAUUUGUAACAGUGGUUUCUGUAGUAGUGGGGAAGAAUAAGGAGGUGGAACUGUUCUGGAAGCCAUGACAAAAGCAAGAAAACAGGAGGCUUCUGAAACUAAUUGACAUGAGUAUCAUGUUGACUCGGGUCAGAAAGUGGUAACAGGCAUAUUUUGAUAUGCAUUAAUUACAGAAGCUGAAAUGAAACUGCUUAAUUACCAGUUCAUGUGUGCAAAGUAAUGGCUCAGAGCCAAUGGCCAUUUCUGGUGGACGUAAGUGAAAGCACAUUUCUCAGAAAUUGAGUAAUUGGCUGAUAUUAACCUUUCAAGCUGGCCUGGAAUCAGCAGUGUCCAUCGAGGAACCUAAAAGUAAGCCUAUCAUUGUGAGGAGAUGGCAUUUUUUUUUAACCUCCAGACUUUCUUAUAUAGGAAACAUGUAAUUAAUGGCUAAAGAAAUGGAAGGAGACAGCAAAAAUCAGUUUAAUAAUGUGAUUUUAUUUCUUACAUGUUUUCUGUCUUAUUUCAGUUUGCUAACCCGUGUUACUUGGAAACAGGGAAAAAACCACCAAACUAUAAUUUUGCUAUUUAAAAGUAGAGGUGGGCAAAGGAAAUAACAGGAAAUAUAUUUGAAGUUAAACUGCUGAGGGAAAAGUCAAGUCUGGAGGUGAGAUUUGUGUUUCUCCAGAGUAAGAAGAACUUACUGAACAGAAGUGCAAAAUAUUUUGAUACUGACAAAGCUGUCUUUCAGCUUCAGAAGGAGGAACAGUGCCUGGGGAAAAAGUGCAAGGCUUUCUUAGCUGAGACAAGCAAUAAAAUUAAUUUUGCUGGAAUGGAUGAAAGAAUUGAUCACCCAGCAGCUAAGCCUGAAGAUGACCUAAGUGUAGCCAACAUCUCAGUCCAAAUGGUAUCUGCAGAAGACAAGUUGGUAAAGAGGAUUCUGGCGAGGAAAAAACAUGGCAAGCUGAAGAAAAAAGAAAAGAUGCUGUGGAAUUUUCAAAACCAAAUAAUUCUUUUUACCCUCAUUCUAUUUGUUUUAGGAGUUGUAACCUGGACUUUACUGUGGCUCUUCAUUGUUCAGGCAGAAAACAAAGAUGCAUUGUACUUUGUUGGGUUGUUCCGUGUUGCCAACAUUGAGUUUCUCCCUGAAUAUAGGCAGAAGGAGUCAAAAGAAUUUCUCUCUGUGGCACAGAACGUCCAGCGUGUGAUGAACUUGGUUUACACUACCUCCUCUUUCUCCAAAUUUUAUAAGCAGUCCACUGUUACAGAAGUCAGUAACAACAAUAAUGGAGGCCUUCUUAUUCACUUCUGGAUCGUAUUUGUGGUACCACAGGCAAAAGGCCAAGCGCUGUGUGAGGACUGUGUGGCUGCCAUUUUAAAGGAUUCUAUUCAGACAAGCAUUGUUAAUCGGACCUCGGUGGGAACUCUUCAGGACCUUGCAGUUGACAUGGACUCCAUCGUACUAAGUGCCGGUCUUCGGUCAGAUUACUGGUCAACAACGGGAACAGGAUCAAAUUGUGUGUAUGAUCUGCAUGCUGAUCGUCUACAUGAGCAUUUUCCUCUGGAUAUCCACACUACCUCUGGGGGAACGAUCUGCUAUCUUAAACUGAUAGCAUUAGUGGGUCAUCUUAUUCGUCUUUCAGUAGUAUCCCUUCAGAUUGAAGCAGAUAACUGCAUCACUGACUCACUAACUAUUUAUGACUCUUUGAUGCCAAUCAAACAUAAGACACUAUAUCGAGCUUGCGAACCAGCUGAUUCCUUGGUGUCACUUGUGUCCACGAAUAAUCUCAUGCUGGUAAUAUUUAAGGCAGCACACAUAAAGGAACAGAAGGGAUUCCACGGCUAUUUUGAGGUCAUCACACAAGAAAGGUGUGGAAAAGCCAUAGUGACAAAAGAGAGAAUUGGCUAUGAAGGGAGAAUCACAAGUCCUUAUUACCCAAGCUAUUACCCUCCAAAAUGUCUCUGUGUGUGGAACUUCCAGACUCCGCAGAAGAACCUUGGUAUAGCUCUGAAGUUUCAUAACUAUACCAUCAGUGAGAAGAAUAUUAAAGGCUGUGAGCGAGGAUGGUGGAAAAUUAAUGAACACAUGUACUGUGGUUUCUAUGUUGAUCACCAAACAGUCUUCCACGUUGCAAGCUCUGCUGUUAACAUUGAGCUUCAGUGCAGUUCAAAGGUGUCAGAGAAGCCCCUUCUGGUGGAGUAUGGCAGCUAUAAUAUCAGCCAGCCAUGUCCACCCGGAUAUUUCAAGUGUUCUACUGGCUUAUGCAUUCAGCAGAUGCAGCGCUGUGAUGGGGUAAACAACUGCUUCGAUGAAAGUGAUGAACUCUUCUGUGUUGUCCCUGAGUGGAACUGUAACUCCAGCUUUGCGAUACAGGAUAACUUGCUUGUCUGCAAUGGAGUAAAUGAUUGUGAGAAUGGAGAAGAUGAGCAGAACUGCACUGAAAGUAUUCCUUGCACCAACCACACAUUUAAGUGCAGGAAUAACGUAUGCAUUAAGAAACAAAAUGCAAAAUGUGAUGGGACUGUGGAUUGUACUGAUGGAAGUGAUGAAAGCAGUUGUCGUUGCGGCAGCAGCAAGAAUGGCAAUCUCAUCUCUCGGAUCGUGGGUGGUACCAACAGUAAGGAAGGUGAAUGGCCCUGGCAGGUCAGCCUCCAUUUUGUGGGAGCUGCAUACUGUGGGGCAUCAGUGAUAUCAAAAGAAUGGCUUGUAUCUGCAGCUCACUGCUUUCAAGGGAGCAAGCUGGCUGACCCCAGAGCGUGGCGUGCUCACUUGGGGAUGCGAAUACAAGGCCGUGCAAAGUUUGUAUCUGCAGUGAGACGGAUCAUUGUCCACGAGUACUACAACAGCAGGAACUAUGACUACGACAUUGCGUUGCUGCAGCUGAGCAAGCCAUGGCCUGAUACAAUGAGCCAUGUCAUUCAGCCAAUCUGUGUGCCUCCUUUCUCGCACAAAGUCCGCAGUGGUGACAAGUGCUGGAUAACAGGUUGGGGCCAAAAGCAGGAAGCGGAUGACGAAGGUGCUGCAAUUCUUCAGAAAGCAGAGGUAGAAAUUAUUGACCAAACAUUGUGUCAUUCCACGUAUGGAAUUAUCACAGCUAGAAUGUUUUGUGCAGGAUUAAUGUCUGGAAGAAGAGAUGGGUGCAAAGGUGAUUCUGGUGGACCAUUGUCAUGUCAAAGCAAUGAAGAUGGAAAAUGGUUUUUGACUGGCAUUGUUAGCUGGGGUUAUGGAUGUGGAAGACCAAAUUUUCCUGGUGUCUACACAAGAGUGUCAAAUCUUGCACCAUGGAUUUACAAACAUGUGCCUUCAGUCAUGUAACUUGAAAGCUAUUUCACUGGAAUAAAACAUGUGCUGGAUAUCUUCAUUAAAAAGCAUGUUUGGCUAAAAACA